AUGGCUGAAAAUGAAAUAUACCAGUACUCCAUCAUCUCGGCCCUCAUGGACGGCGUCGGCUCCUCCGGCCUCCCCAUAUCCGACCUCGUCGCCCACGGCGAUCAUGGCCUGGGCACCUUCCGCAACAUGGCCGGCGAGAUGAUCGUCCUGGACGGCCGCGUCUUCCAGAUGAAGUCGGACGGCACCGUGACCGCCGUCGACAGCAGCCCGGGCGCCCUGGACCCUGCCGACGGCCUCCCCGUCGUCGCCCCCUUCGCCAUGCUGACGCGGUUCCGCCCCACGGCCAGCCGCGCCGCCUGUCGCCCGCGCAGCAAGGCCGAGCUCGCCGGCCUGGUCUCGGACCUACUGCCGCCCGGCUCGCGCAACCUGUACGCGGCCUUUCGCUUGCGCGGGACCAUGGCCAGCGUCACAGUGCGCACCGCCGACGGCCAGCGCUUCCCGGGGGAGCCGCUGCGCGCGCUGGGCGGGCGGCAGGUGACGCACGUGUUUGAGCGCGAGGAGGGCGGCACGCUGUUUGGCUUCCGGAGCCCGGCCUUUUCUCACGGCGUCAGCGUCGCCGGGGACCACAUGCACUUUAUAAGCGCGGAUAGGAGGCGCGGCGGCCACGUGCUGGCGCUCGACGUGGGCGCCGAGGGGGCCGGUGUGGAGGUCGAGGUGGCGCCCAUCUCGAGGGUGCACAUGGAGCUGCCGGUUGGGGACGAGCAGUUUGACGCGGCCGAGCUGGCGUUGGACAGUGCUGGGAUCAAGGCUGUCGAGGGGUGA